UUAGUAGAAUCAAAUGGACUUUGGGUGGGGUCGCCUCUGAAGAAUUUUCGAGGAUGCGCGUUUUUUCCUUCUUUUUGGCCGUUUUGGGCACCGUGGCGGCAGGUUCUCAAAAUACAGUGAGAUGGUGCACAAUGUCCCCCCCAGAACAGAAAAAAUGUGAAGCAUUUGCAAAGGCAGUUCAAAGGGAUGUCUCCAGAUUCGAUAAAGCCUAUUCCCAACUUGAGUGCCUUCAGCAUAGCAACCACGAUGAGUGCAUGGUUGCGCUGGACAAGGGCCUGGCGGACCUUGUUGUUCUCGAUCCGAAUGAGAUUUUCAUCGCCGGAAGAUACCAUUCGUUGGUGCCUAUCAUGAAGGAGGUUUAUGAGAACGGUCUUCAAUUAUAUUAUUCAGUGGCUUUCGUUAAGAAGGGCAACCUUACUUCAGUGAGGAGCUUGGAAGACUUAAGGGGCACGACUGCUUGUUUCCCAUCUGUUGCUUCUAUGGGAGGCUGGGUUAUGCCCAUUGCCAAGCUGAUCAGAUCCGGAGCCAUGAAGAUCAUUGAUUGUAAUAACCACAUCAAAUCAGCCUCUGCCUUCUUUGGUGGUGGUUGUGCAGUUAACAUUCUGUCAGACAAGUAUAACCCUCUAGGUGACAACAACCAGAUCUUGUGUAGUGCCUGUGGGAGUGACCUCCCUGGCCGGCAUUGCACGAGCCAGGAUGUCUAUGCCGGCCACCAGGGAGCCAUCAACUGCUUGCUGGAUAAGGGUGACAUAGCCUUUGCCAGACAUACCUCCCUCAACACCACACUGGAGGAAUAUGGAACGGAACUGAGGCUUAGUGCUGAUGAUUUUGAGCUCCUUUGUGAUGAUGGGAGUCGUGCCGCAGUGACAGACUACGAAACGUGUAAUUGGGGGACAGUUCCUUCCAACGCCAUUGUGACCACUUCUGCCAAGUCCCCUGAGCAGCGGCGAGGUCUCCAGGACUUCUUAAAGACUGCAUUAGAACGUUAUGGGAAGAAAUCGACUAAUGCCAAGGAUUUCUACCUCUUUGAAUCGUUCCCAAAAUAUGGCAAAUCCUACGAUCUUCUUCUUUCUGAUAACACAAAAAUGCUGGUGGACCUGUCGACCAGCCAGCAGAAUUUCCAGAAGUAUCUAGUGGGGAACAUCAUGAACCACAUCCAGACAAUCCGCUCGUGUCCUGUGAACAGGAUGACGCUCUGUGUAACCUCCCAGGCAGAGUUUUCAAAGUGUCUCAAAAUGAGGACUGCACUACAUGCUCAGUUGCUGAAACCAGAGAUGGAGUGCUUUAAAGGAGAUACAAACUUUGACUGCAUGGGAGCCAUCAAAAGAAGGGAAGCAGAUGUUGUAGUGUUUGAAGCUGGAGACAUAUAUAGUGCAGGACUGAACUAUGAACUUGUGCCUUUCAUGGGAGAACAGUACAAUCUUGAUACCCUAGAAUAUUAUGUUGUUGCAGUUUCAAAGGAAGACGACCCCGAUACAGAUGUUCUGUAUCUCAAAAAUAAGAGAACAUGCCAUCCUGCCGUCAUGCAUGGAGGUGGAUGGGUAGUGCCGAUGGCUUACCUCAUCAACAACAACCUCAUUCGCCAGUACGGGUGUAACUCGGUGAGAGCGGCGUCUGAAUAUUUUGAGAAGUCUUGCGCCCCAGGUUCCCUCAGCAGAUUCUACCGCCACAAUAUGAACCGCCUAAAUCUUUGCCAUCUCUGCCACGGUAUUGGAAGCGGGUUCUGUGCCCGGGAUCACAGCGAACCCUAUUAUGGAUUCACAGGUGCCUUUAGAUGCCUAGUGGAAGGAGGUGGAGACAUAGCCUUCCUAAAGCACACAACUGUUCGGGAAAAUGUGGAUGGAAAACGGAAAGAAUGGUGGGCAAGGAACCAGCUUACUGCAGACUAUCAACUGGUUUGCCGAGAUGGUACUCGAGCCUCUGUAACAGAUUACCAGGAUUGCAAUUUGGGCACAGUCCGUUCAAAUGCCGUUGUGACUCGUGGUGGUUAUCUCUAUAAUGAAACAGAAGUAGCAGCUUACACCAAUCUCCUGUUAUACGCACAGCAACAUUUUGGCCGUGACUCUGAUGAUGAAUGGAACUUCAAGAUGUUCCACUCCGAUGAACCAUAUGCGGAUCUGAUCUUCCAGGAUGCAACACAACAGCUUGUUCCAUUGGACAAGGAAGAGCAACAUUAUCAUCCGUAUUUAGGUAUUGAGUUCCUAAAUGCACGCUAUGAAGUAGAUUGCACUGCUUCAUCCCCGUGUAUGCAAGUGUCAUCGGCAUUGAUGGCGUUUUUGGUGAUCCUCUGUCUUGCAAACUGAAGGUCUGCUUUUCUCAGCUGUAGUAUCUAGUUAAAAUUUAGAAAUGAGACCAUGCUGCAUCAUCAUAUUAUCAAGACACAGCAGUACUUAUGGCUGUUGUAAUCAACUGUGAUCGUGAAGAUGCGUAAUUAGGUUGUGCUCCAGAAUCUCAAAAACAAGGUGUGUUUGUACCACCACACUUACAAGCAGGUGUUAUAUUAUAUGCAUUACUGAAAGAUUAUUAUUCAUAGGAUCAUCCCAGUGUAUUAGGUCUUACAAUGUAACAUCCUAUUGUAUUUUUUAUACAUUAGAAACUGAAAUGCAUAUUUGAAAAAAAAAAAAUCCUUAUAUAGCCAUGUUUGUCACAAAUAAAUAAAUUUAUGAAUAUUGAUAAUGGGUAAUAGUGGUAAUGGUAUUGAUAAUAAAAUAAUACCUGUAAGAUUAUAUAAUAGUAAUUAUAAUAAUUAUUGAUAUUAUUAUUGUUAUUUAUUAUUAUUUUUGUCAUUUUAAAUUGUGCUUUAUUUUUACCAGCAGCAGCUAGUAUUGAAAUUAUUAAUGGCAGUUAUGGUUUUAUAUUAGUAUUGUGAUCUUUAGAUUGAAAGUAAUUCAGAUCUAUAGAUGUAUAUUUUUGGUAAACUAGGUUAAUCCAUAGUCUUUGGAUUUAUAUUGAUCUGGCUGGCCAUCAGCUUGUCCAGAUGUUUUAACAGAUGUACAUAUGGACUUGUGCAUGUUUAGAUACAUGUACACAUAUGCGUGAGUGUGUGAGUUAGUGAGUGAAUGUACACAUGCACAUACACAUAAAAAUGAGAGCACAUACAAAUACACAAAAACACAUGCAAACAUAUGGACAGUUGCAUAUUCAUGCAUACAUAGAUAUAUAUAUAUAUUUAUACAUAUAUACAUAUGUACAUACUUGCACAGUAGAAUCAUUGAUUCUGUUGAUUGAUGUGCAAAUAGACCAAAGCCAAUUUUGCCUGAAUUUGAAAUAAUGGGACAUUAAUCAUGUGUCUGUUAGUAUUUUUAUAAUGCCAUAGUUAUACCAAGACUUUUCUAGUAAUUUCUUAAAGGAAAUAUUUUUCAGAGUUUGGAUGAAGAGUAAUGUACUUUGCAAAAAAAUAUUUUCCAGACAGGAUCUCAUGAACCUUGAUAUAAAGUAAAUUCAAUAGCCAGUCUUAAAAUACUUCUUGGAGUGUAAGCAUGUAAUCUGCAUAACUGAUUACUUUCCAGUUCCAUAUUGUUUAUUUUUAUAGGUCAGUGUUGGAUAAUUUUUAUACUGAAUAUACGCGGCAGAUCGGAAUUACUUGGAUGAAAGAUAGGCGUACCAGGGUAUUGUUAUUAUGUUUAUGAAAAAUGUUGAUACAUUUUUUUCCCUUCUUCCCUCUUCCAAAAGUAUGUAUGUGGCUGUAAGGGAGGUAAUUUUAUCCACUUCCAGUAGGUAUGCAAAGGUAAAUGAGGUUACCGUUAUUCUUGAUUGGAAAAUCUCAGUUCUGCAACAAAAAAUACAUUUAGAAAUGCUGUGUAAGCAUUCUCUGAAUAACAUCCAUAACUACGGAUAGAUAGUCUGACAGUUAUUAGCAUUUCCAGUGUCAGUUUUCAGUGACUUAAAUAGGAAAAGCUCAUUCAUUGUGGUUAUAUAUUUUGUGUAAUGUUUGAGUCUUCAUACUCAUGGAAUUUGUUUUGUAUAGAAACUGUAUACAUUUAUAACAUUUUGGUUUGUGAUAAGACAAUAUAUGUUACUAAUCACAUUCUUAUUUGUAAAGAUUUGGUAAAAGAAAGAACCAAAUUCAAAACUUUUAUUGUAUUUCUUAGAAUGUGUUGUUCAGUUUCUGUAAUGUAGCUCAUAGAACGUUUAAAUAUAUGAUGAUGAAAUCAUAAAACGCCUUGCAUUUUGCAUUUAUAAACAUUCCGUCCAAUUUGUGAUAAAGUAUUUAUUGUUAUUUUGUACAUCUGAUCAACAUUAUGAAGGACAUUGAGUUCUGACUAGAGAUUUUUUUUUUUUUAUACAAAUAAGCAUAUUUAAUGUGAAACAUUGCAGUUAUAUAAAAGUGAGGUUCAGUUUGUUUUUGUUUCUUAUGAAUAUUUUUUUGUUAGGAGUACUUCAGAAGGACAUUAAAAAUCUUGGUUACUAAAAACAACAUAGUAUUGCAUUUUGAUGUAAUAUACAAACUUCCUGUGAGAUAAAGUAUUGUAUUGUAAUUUAGUAAUGUAUAUUUUUAGAUUCAUUAGCAAUAAGGUCAGUUAUGACUAAUAUCAAAUAUGUAUUAAAGCAAUGUUCUAAUGUGAGAAAUAUGAAUUGUUAAAAUUUGUUCUUUGCCUUUUUUAACAGAAAAUACAGGUUAAGUUUCCAAGUUUAAAAAUAUAAACAGAAAAAAAGAUAUUAUAGACUUUCCUAGACCUUUAGCUCAAAUAAAUGGGCCUUUGCCUUUGAUAUAAGUACAAAA